GAUGUGAACAGAGUUUUUGGAGGUGCAUUUAGGAAGUUCCAAUUUUGUGAUUUUUGUCCCUUUCUCUCUCUCCUCUCCCAUAUGCCCAACCUUUCUCAUAGAUUCCUCGCCCAAUAAUCGUUUUCUCCAUCUCCAUCAAUUCCUAUCCGUUCAUAAUCAUCGUCUCCACCUCUCUUGGUAUGCUCUCUCUAAACAUCUUUCACAACUUACAUUCACCAAAAUUGACGGGUAGAUAUACCAACCAACGGCUUGGGGAAGUAAUUUGCUGGUUCAGUUGAUGGGUUUUGUUUCUUUGUGAAGUCAUUCAUGACCAUCUGGUUCUCCUGGUAAGCCCACCCCAGAUCUCAGGAAUUUCGAAGAUAUGCUAGUUCACAUUAAUGUCCCCGCGUCAGACUUCUAGUUCAUAGUAUUUGAUGGAUAGUGGUGGUUUUGUUUGAUUUUUAUUGAGAUCACUAGCCACUGGAUUCGUAUUUGUAUCCAGAUGCUAGGUUUUGAUGUGGUGAUAAAUUAAACCACACCACCCCACAACACCACACACCCCCCCCCCCCCCCCCAAAACUGAUCCGGGUGUUUCUUGUUACUUUGAAGAUUUCACUGUUUGGUUUCUGGGUUCUGAUCAUACUUGAAUUCCUUAGAUUAAGCUAUCUGGGUUUUGUCACUUUGGAAGUUUUGUCUGAAUUUGGCGGACAAUAGCUAUUUCAGUUUUUGUUCGGCUCUUUUGAUUGGUUAUGGAGUUCUUACCUGUUGAAGUGAUUGGAAACAUACUAUCCCGUCUUGGGGCGGCAAGAGAUGUCGUGAUAGCAUCUACUACUUGCAAGAAAUGGCGAGAGGCUUGGCAGAACCACCUCCGUACCCUUUCGUUCAACUCCAAUGACUGGCCUGUGUUCCAUGAACUCACCGCUAGUAAAAUUGAAAUUCUCAUCACCCAAACAAUUUUGCAGACAACUGGGCUUCAAUCCCUAACAAUCAUUAUGGACGAUGUUGAUGAGUUCUCAGCUGCUCCGGUGAUUGCUUGGCUAAUGUAUACCAGAGAAACCUUACGCCAGCUCCAUUAUAAUGUAAGGACAACCCCUAGCAUUAAUAUCCUCGAGAAAUGUGGUCGACAAAAGUUGGAAGUGUUGGCAUUGGCUCAUAAUUCUAUCACGGGUGUUGAACCAAGUUAUCUGAAAUUUCCAUGCCUGAAGUCUCUUUCGUUGAGUUAUGUUAGUGUCUCGGCGUUGGAUUUGAGUAUUCUGCUUACUGCGUGCCCAAAAGUCGAGGUAUUGUCUCUUGUCAAUCUAGAUAUUGCCAUGUCAGAUGCACAAACCACUAUGGAACUGAGUAGUGUUUCUUUGAAGGAUAUUUAUGUUGAAUCAAUUAGCUUGGACAAGUUUGUACUGGAGGCAGAUAAUAUUGAGAAGUUGCACUUGAAAGACUGUACCCUUGAGAUUUUUGAGCUUGUUAGCAAACGGACCUUGAGAUUUCUCAAGAUUGAUGAUGUUAGUGUCAUUCAACUUGAUAUUGGCGAGGGUACUGAAAAUCUUGAGGUCGUAGAUGUGAGUAAUUUCACAAUCAUGUGGCAAAAGUUCCACCAUAUGAUCUCAAGAUCAUCGAAGUUGAGAAGGCUUCGGCUCUGGGGAGUUGUUUUUGACGACGAGGACGAGUUUGUUGAUUUGGAGACGAUAUCAGCGUGCUUUCCUCUGUUGAGCCACCUGUCCUUAUGUUAUGAUCUAAGAGAAGGCCCACUUCAAUUUGGAUUGCAAGGAUCGUUUCGAUUGGAAAACGUGGUUGUGUUGGAACUUGGGUGGACGGUAGUUUCUGAUCUGUUUGCACCCUGGGUUGAAGGGUUUCUUGAAAGGUGCCCCAAUCUCAGGAAGCUGGUCAUUUAUGGGGUUGUUUCUGAGGCCAAGACCCAUGAAGAAUGCCAAAUGCUGGCCUUUAUUACCUCAUCUUUGGUUCGGCUUAUGAGGAAAUAUUUGCACGUGGAGAUCCAAUUUGAAUAUGAAUGAUGAUUUGCAAUGUGCCUGUACAGAAAUUCAAGUAUUGGCCAAAUUCGGUUGUACGACAGGUAUUAAAAACUUGAAGGGGAUCUGAUCAUCGUCUCGAUGUUGUUUUCUUGAGUUUUGUUCUUUUGAACUUUCAGGUUAAUUUACUGAUUGCACAACUGUAUGUUCAGCAACUUCUCUGUGUGAAAACUGAGGUAGAGUGGGCGUUCUCUCAAUGCAUAGGGGCUAGGGCCAGAGGAUACUGUCAAUAUAAUACUAUAUGAUUGUCAAAAGCCCCUUGUUCUGUGCAUAACCCUGAAGGAGGAUGGUACUUGGAAACAUAGUAAGGAUACUCCUUUACAUGGAUUCAGGGUGGUUGUUUACUCUUCUUUGCUGAGUUGCUCCUCAAGUUGGACUCUUAGCCAUCUCUAUUUCUUCAUGCAAAUCUCUUCAAAAUAAUAAUCCACCAUGAUGCAUAGUUUUCC